AUGGCAUCAUCUAAAUCUUUAAAAUUCCACGCUGGUAAAGUACAAUACGACGAAGAAACUAACCGUUGUACCCCUUUACAACAUAAGGGAGUUAUAUCAAUAAAACCAAGUGCUGAAGAACCCGACUUUUUAGAUUUCACAUGGACACCAAAACAAGAUCAAACUCAAGCUACACCUGGUAAUAUAGAGAAAGAUGAAUUUUUAUUAAUACCUGGAGAUGUCACUAUUAAACAUAUGAAAUCAUGUAAUACUGGAAGAGUGUUUGCUUUGACAUUUUUAAGUUCCGGUGCUAAAUAUUUAUAUUGGUUACAAGAUGUUGGAGAUAUAGAUCAAUUGGAUAAAUUGACUGAAAAGGAUCAAAAAAUAAUUCAAGACAUUGUUGAUUUAAUAACCAUUAAUGAAGAGGAAGAAGUUGAACAACAAGAAGAAAACAAGGAAAUCAAAAAAGAAGAGGAACCAAUAAAGGCUCAAGAACCUAAAUUCAAAUUGCCUAUUGGAAGUAUUUCUUCUGUUUUAGAUAUUGAUUCUAUUGAUUCUCAUCUUGAUAAAUUGUCAUUGGAACAAUUAAAGGAAAUGUAUGGUGAUUAUCUUCCUCCAUCAAUUGCUUCAAACCCUACAAAAAGUCAAAUUAUGGAAGUGGUACGUAGUGGGUUUUUCCAACAGUGUGAACAAAAACUCAGUGAGCUGUUACGAGGCAACUCAGGAGCAGGGUAUUUGAUGUCACAAAGUUUGAAAUACGAUUAUAAAGGAGAAGGUGUUGAAAGCUUUUUCAAUGGUGUUAGAGAAUUAGGUAAAAAGGAACAAAACGACAAAGAUGAAGACAUGAAAGAUUGA